AUGGUUUCCUUUGAUGUCACGUCCCUUUUUACUUCUAUCCCGCAGGACCUGGCAGUCGAGACAAUCGAACUACUCCUACGAGAGAAGUACGACGAAACGGAGAAUCGCCUCGGACACGCCCAAAUCAUCCAGCUCCUGAAGUUCUGUCUCAAGACGUACUUUACAUUCGACGGAACAAUCUACGAGCAGGUGAAGGGAACGCCAAUGGGUUCGCCGAUUUCGGGACUCAUAGCCGAGGCGGUCCUUCAACGGCUGGAGUCGCUGGUUUUCCGACACCACAGACCGAAAUUCUGGGCUCGGUAUGUGGAUGACACCUUCGUCGUCAUCAAACGGGAUCAGGUGCUGACUUUCAAAGAACAACUCAACGCUGUCUUCCCGGACAUUCAAUUUACAAUGGAGGAGGAGGAAAACAACCAGCUGGCCUUCCUGGAUGUCCUCGUCUGCCGCAAAGAUUGUGGUGGCCUAAAAACCAAAGUGUUCAGGAAAGCGACAAAUACGACGCAAAUACUGAACUUCAAUAGCAACCACCCGAUCAGUCACAAACGCAGUUGCGUAAGGGCGCUAUACCGGCGUGUUGAGACGCACUGCAGUGAAAUGGAAGACAAGGUUGCUGAAUUACAAUAUCUUCGACGGGUAAUGAGAGCCAAUGGCUACCCGCGCAACUUUGUCAACCAGUGCAUACGAAAAGGACACCAGAGACCAAAUCCAACUAGCCCCAAAUUUUGGCGGGCUCUUCCGUACGUGAAGAACGUCUCGGAAGCCGUCAGUCGUCUUCUCACUCCACUUGGAGUUGGUGUUGCACACAGGCCGGAAGCAACCAUUAGGCGCCAAGUAAUGAGGCCAAAAGACCCGCUGCCACGGCAGGAAACGUCUGGAGUCGUUUACCGGAUCUGGUGUAGUUGCGGACAAAGCAAUUAUGUCGGAGAAACUGGGAGAUUACUCCGUACGCGACUUGCCGAGCACGCAGCAGCAGUGAGGCGGGGAGACGCUAACUCUCAGGUGGCGGCACACUCGACGGGACCCGGCCAUAAUUUCAAAUUUCAAGAGGCCGAAAUCCUCGCAAGGGGUGACAACCGCGUGAGCCGCGAGCUGCUCGAGUCAUGGUUCUCAGGCCCGCAAUCCAUCAAUCCCCACUACCGCCACCACCGCUCUUACCACCAGCAAUGA